AUGGUGUCUUUAUCAUCUCUUGUCCUUAGCCUCUCUGUUCUAGCAGGCGCCUUUGCCCUGCCAGGCGAGUCGCAUUCCGAGCUUUUAGAGCGUCAAACCAUCACUACAAGCGAAACUGGCACAAAUAACGGCUUUUACUAUUCAUUCUGGACCAACGGUGAUGGGACCGUCUCCUACACGAACGGCGAUGCCGGAGAGUACAGCGUGACUUGGGCAAAUGAAAAUGGCGGAGACUUUACCUGCGGAAAGGGGUGGAAUCCAGGUAGUGCACAGGACAUCACCUACUCCGGCACCUUCAGCCCCAGCGGAAAUGCCUACCUUGCAGUCUACGGUUGGACCACCAGCCCUCUAGUUGAAUACUACAUUCUCGAAAACUAUGGAACCUACAACCCCGGAUCCAGCAUGACCCACAUGGGCACUGUCACCAGCGACGGUGCUACCUAUGAUAUCUAUGAGCACCAGCAAGUCGACCAGCCUUCUAUCGUCGGCACAUCAACCUUUAACCAAUACUGGUCCAUCCGCCAGAGCACGCGGUCUAGCGGAACUGUCACUACAGCGAAUCAUUUCAAUGCCUGGGCUGCAUUGGGUAUGAGCCUAGGCACCCAUAAUUACCAGAUCGUGUCUACAGAGGGGUGGUUCAUCCUCCUCCUCCUCCUCCUCCUCCUCUACUACCAGCACCAGCAGCAGUACAACGACCUCAUCGGGCAGCACUUCUACUAG